GCGCGCCCGACUCCCCUAGCUUGGGGCGGAGGAGCCCCCGGAGCGCGCGGCGAACCCGGCAAGUGUUGGGGGCGGGCGCAAACUGUGGACCUGCAUCCUUCGCUUCAGUGAUUGCAGCAACUGAAGAGUGUAGUUGCAAAAAGAUACCACAAGUUCAUUUGGUAGCGACUUUUAUGAAGAAGGCAUCACCGCCCCGACCUGCAGGGUCGGGCACCGGGAGCAGCCACGGUAGGAGCAUGGAGUGCCCUUCGUGCCAGCACAUCUCCCCGGAGGAAGCCGCCAAGUUCUGCAGCCAGUGUGGAGUGAGACUUCAUCCUUCUGCCACUCCCGCCCCCGUAGCAGACUCUGAGAACAACCUUUCUGCGGGGGCCCCAGAGGAAGCCCUGGAGUGUGGGGGAGAGCUGAAGGAGGAAGGGAGCUUGUACUGUUCCCCUGGGUCAACUGACUAUCAAGAAAACCCAGACGAGCCCUGUUCUGACGGCCCCUGGACCGUCCAGAAGAGCAAAAAGAAGAGGAAGAGGAGCCGGAAAAAGAGGAACGAGGGGAGCGCGUCCCCAGAGCUGGACUCCCUGUCCCUGUGUCCUUCCAGCCUCCAGAGUCUGAAUUCGCUUUCAAAUCUUGAGUCCCAGGACACAGCCCUGCCCCAAAGCCAACGUCAGCAGGGUGGGCCCGGCCAGCCCAGCCAGCCCCUGGGCACAGGCGGGGCUCCACUGGAGAGUGACAGCCCCUUCUCGCUGGUACACGGGGAAAUUGGUGACAGUGCCCUACAGGGUCAGGCUGCAGGAAGACCAGGAGCACGGUCAGAAGGCUUGGCUCAGGGCGGUCCCCCACCCCAGGGCCAGGUGGAAGGCAAGGACCAGGACUCUGCCAUCCCCUCUGGGGCACCCCAAGAAGGGGCUGGUCCCACCACUUCUGCGCGUGAAGGCCACCCUGGGGACAAAGAUGCCGCUCCCAGGCUUUUGUUCUCUGAGUCAGGAGGGGGCAGUUCUGAGCCCAAGAUGGACCCACAGAGUGCCAGACAGCAGGCAGAGGCCCCGGCCCCUGGGGCAAUUAAAGCUACAACUGGGCUGGCUGAUUCAGUUAAAGGGGCCAGCAAGGAAAUGAAAGACAAGACUCCGAAAACAGAGCCGCCACCAGCAGCCCCUCCUGCCUCGAAGAGACACGGCCAGGAAGUAAAGACCAAGGACAAGACUGUCCUCACUGGUGAGAAAGCUGGUGAGAAGGAGAGAGGGCAAGGGGAAGACCCAAAGAAGCCAGACGGGAAUAACAGAAGCUACGCGGCCGCUGUGAAAAAGGAGAAGGAGCAGAAGGAGCAGAAGGAGCAGAGGAACCAGACGGCCAGCGCCCGGGAAGAGAAGGCCGCCCGGGAAGAGAAGGCGAGCCUGUCGAGCCCUGGAGAGAGCAUCAUGGUGUACUUCCACGCAAUCCUCUCCAAGGACUUCGGGUUCAACCCAGAUCGCCAUAAGUUAUUCAUCAGAGGCGGGAAGGAGUUCGGGCAGCCCGAGUGGAGCAAACUCGUCUGUGAGCUUCAGUGUACCAGAGACUUAGGUGAGCACGGCUGUCUCGUGGAAGGCAGUGCUGUCGUUUCCAAGCAGCACCUGGACAGAGCCAUCCCUUACAAGUACGUCUUCUACAAUGCUGAGAAGGGUGACAAGGGCGCCUGGCAGUAUGAGUUCAUCUACAAGCAACCGCAGAAGAACGAGCACGUCAACCGCUGCCUGUGCAUCAAGGCCUCACUCCUGGGCUCCGGAGACUGGCAUCAGUACGAUGACAUAAUUUGUAUGCGACCUCCUGGGAAAUUGCAGAAAAUUGUGAACUAUAUAGUGGACGGGACAACGAAGCAGCUGGUGCAGGGGAGACAUAUCGCAGCAGCCGUCAUGCUCGACAGCGUCUUCAGCAUCCUGCAGGCCUGGGAUGCCGUCAACCUGAGCAGCUUCUUCACCCAGCUGCAGCAGUUCUUCUCCGUCGUGCAGAAGCCCAUGAUUUAUGAAGGACACGCACAGCCGUGGAGCUCUCUGCCCUACGGGGAGCAGGAGGCGAAGAAUGACCUGUGGGGGUACUUGAAAAAGCAAAUGGAACCGUUUCUGGAGAAAAACCGUGGGGACUCUCCGCCUAAAGACCAGCCCGUGAGGAGCAAGCUCAGAAUGGGCCUAAUCGUGCUUUUCUCAGUGGAAAACUUCAACCUCACCUUGUCAGAGAAUGAGCAGACCAUGCUAUGCUACCUGCUCGUCCCAGAGGCCAGUUCACCAGAUGACCUUCACACUGACCUAAGCCACAUCCUCGGGACGUCUCAGAGGACGCAUCUCUUCCGGUCCUGGUUCAGCCUGCUCCCCCUGAGAAACCUGGCUGGCUACAUGGAGACCUUCCCUGAACACCUGAGUCUUGUUCCAGCCCACGUCCUGGACUGUUUUCUGGGGACUCACUACAGGCUACAAGGGCUUCGGGAAAUCUCGCACCAAAAUCUGAAGGACGUGGAGAGCAUCUUAGAAGUUCUGCUGCACCUGCUGGACUGUUACCACGCCAGGAUCCCUCAGGAGGCCUUGCUACAGUCCUACCCAGCCGUGUGCCUCAAACUCCACACAGCCGUCUGCAGCCUCACAAAGGACCCGAAGCUCUAUGUGCUGCCCGCCUUGUCGGCUGAGGUUGUCUGCAGAGUUAUGACUCUUCAACCUCUGAUGGACACGGGACUGGGAAAAGAGAGUGGGAAGAAUUCAAUCAAAAACGUCUUCCAGGGGACUCUUGUUGCCACUAGAAAUUGGCUUCAAGAAAUUUUUAAAAAGAACAUUUUCCAGAGUAUAUAUCAUUCAUCUGUCUCAUUCACUUAUUCUGAGGAAAUUGAGGUCUGGAGGCGGCUGGUGGAGAUAAACUUCCCUGUGGAGCAUGGCUGGAAGGAGUCGUUGCUGGGAGACUUGGAAGGGCGGCUCAAACAGGAGCGGCCCCUCUCCCAGAUCUCUGCCUACUGCAACUCGUGCUGGGAUGCCGCAGGCCUGGAGGACAGCGUGGCCAAGUGCUUUGAGAAGUGUGUCAUUGAAGCCGUGAGCUCAGCAUGCCAGUCUCAGACCAGUAUCCUUGAGCGCAUCUCUCCUCGUGAUUUGCGGAAAUUUGGCACCCUUGUGUCUGCGGUGAUCAGUAAGUCCUGGCCGAGAAAAGACGGGAAGGCUGUGGAUGACUUGGAUGACAUUUUAAAGCACCUGCUCACUGGGCCAGAUGUCAAGCAUCUUUUCAAACUGUAUGGAUCUGAUGAGAAGAUACUAGUGAACAUCACGGAGGACAGCAAGAAGCUGAUGGCCGCUGCUGACUCUGUGGUCACAAAAGUUGCUGGUGACCUCGUCAGUGGGGAGGUUUUAGUUGGACAACUGGAGCUGAUUAUGAAGCAUGAAAAACAGUUUCUUGACAUCUGGCAACUAAAGAAGAAAACUCUUUCACCCCAGGAGAAAAAAUGCAACAUGAAGGAAGUUCUGGAUUGGAGAAAGAAGGAACUGCUUUUCCUGCAGAGAGAGAGAGGACACGUCAGUAGCCUCCUGGAGUUGUUUGAGAACGUGAAGCAUCUGGUACAAGUGGAUGUUGGAGAGAUCGCACAGAGACAUUCGGAGGACCUCAGCAGCAAGAGAUUAAAUGAGGCCAUGACUGUGACGCCACCCACCACCUCACCUCUACAAGGCACAACACAUUACCAUUUGAGCCCCCAGAUCCAAGAAAUGGCUAAAAACAUAGACGUGCUGAAAGACAGCCACACCUUCCAGAUCUUCUGGGAAGCUGCUGCAAAGCUACUGAGUAAUCUUGAGGAAGAAUCAGAAGGGCGACUGCUGGGGCUGGAAGAGACGCAUGAUUAUCUGUAUCAUCCUUGUUAUAAGAACUUUACUCAGUUUUAUAGGGAUCUGAAAUCAGGAGAGGUCACCUUUGCAGAAAUCGAUGUUAUCUUCAAGGACUUUGUGAAUAAAUACAGUGCACUGCUUACAGAGCUCGAGACCAUGUGUGCUGUGCACAGCCAGGUCCAAAAGGAUUGGAUCCCGGAGCGAGUCGAGCAGAUCAAGGAAUACCAUAACCUGCACCAGGCUGUCCGCUCAGCCAAGGUCAUCUUGAAGGUCAAAGAGAUUCUGGGACUGACCGGUGACUUCAGUGUGCUUCACACUUUAUUACACUUUACCGAGAACUUCAACGACUUUCGCCAUGAGAAACUGGUCCAGAUCAACCAGCAGCUUAUCCAAGCCAAGAAGAGGUUGCAGGGCAUCAGCCCAGAGCGGUACGAGUGUCUGGAGGCGCUGACCUUGAGGAAGGAGUUUAUCGGCUGGGUGAAGGAGGCACUGGGAGGCAUCACGGAGCUGAAGGUGUUUGUGGACCUGGCCUCCAUCUCGGCAGGCGAGAAUGACAUAGAUGUGGACCGGGUGGCCUGCUUCCACGAUGCCGUGCAGGGCUAUGCCCCUCUGCUGUAUAAGCUGGACUCGAAAGCAGGUUUCCGUGUGUUCAUGGAACAUCUGGAAGACCUGUGGAAGGCUCUGGACAAUGACCAGCACCUGCCUACUAAACUGCUUGAUUCUGCCAGGAACUUGGAGUGGCUGAAAACAGUGAAGGAAAGUCACGGGUCUGUAGAACUCUCGUCGCUGUCCUUGGCCACCGCAAUCAACAGCAAAGGCAUGUAUGUGAUUGAGGCCCCCAAAGGAGGCCGGAAGGUUUCCCCUGAUACAGUUCUACGCCUGAUCCUCCGAGAGGACCAUGGUGGCCGUGAGGAGCCACGGGACUACUCUUCAGAAGAGCUGAAGGAGCUUUUAAACAAACUGAUGCUGAUGUCUGGCAAGAAGGAUCAUAGCAACGCUGAAGUGGAGAGGUUUUCCGAGGUGUUCUGCAGCGUGCAGAGGCUGGUCCAGGCCUUCCUCGAUCUCUACUCUGCGGGGAACAUGCUGUUCAGGACCUGGACUGCCAAUGUCUGCUGCUCUCCCAGGAGCGACAUUUCCAUCCUGAUAGGCUUUGACUUGGAGGUGCCACUCUACCUGCCGGGCAGCGGGGACAUCACUAAGCUGCUGGAAGGGCUCUGCAGGGAGAUGGAGCACUUUCUGGACCGCUGGCAGAGAUUUGUGGCCAAGAAACGUGAGGAGCACUUCUACCUCAAUUUCUAUACCGCAGAGCAGCUGGUUUACCUGAGCACCGAGCUCAAGAAGGAGACCCCCAGCGAAGCUGCCCUGAUGAUGCUGUCCUUCAUCAAAGGCUGCUGCACCCCAGCGGAUGUCAUCAGGGCCUCUGAGGGGCAUGCUGCUAAGGCCACUAGACACUGUGCAAAGAAAGUGAUUGAAGGGUUACUGUGCAGGCUCUUCCCUGAGGCCAGCCUGGUGGACCAGCUGAGUGUCAUCAUGGAACAGUCGAUCGAGUGCCUGAGUGCCUUCUUGCCCAACUGCCUGGACCUGGAGGCCCUUGGCCACUGUCUAGCUCACUUGGCAGGGAUGGGCGGGCCCCCCGUGGAGCGAUGCCUCCCGCGAGGCUUGCAGGCUGGCCGGCCCAACCUCGUCAUCUGCGGCCACUCGGAGGUGCUGCCGGCUGCUCUGGCCAUCUACAUGCAGGCCCCAGCCCAGCCCCUCCCCACCUAUGACGAGGUGCUGCUCUGCGGCCCAGAGACCACCCUUGAGGAAGUAGAGCUGCUCCUGCGCCGCUGCCUCAGCCCGAGCUCCCCAGGGCGCAAGGUCUACAGCCUGCUGUUCGCAGACCAGCUGGGCUACGACGCGGCCUGCCAGGUGGAGGUGCUCCUGCAGAGCCUGUGCACGCAGCGCCACCGGGAGGACUACCAGCUGGUGAUGGUGUGCGACUGUGAACGCGAGCACUGCUACCUGCCCUCUGCCUUCAGCCAGCACAAGGUCCUCGUCACCCCCCAGGCACCCCUUGAAGCCAUCCAGGCCUACCUGGCACGUCACUACCAGGUCCCCACCGCAGCAGCUGUGUUCAGGGACCGGAUGUGUGUUGGGAUCGUGGCCUCCGGGAGAGCUGGCGUUGGAAAGUCUCUCUAUGUGAAGAGAUUGCACAGCAGACUGAAGAUGGCCUUAAAUGGCACAAAAGUGCCUCUCAAAACUAUUCGACUCAUCGACCCUCAGGUGGAUGACAGCCAAGUCCUGGGCUCCCUCUUGCCGUUCCUGGCCACACGAUAUCAAAAGAAACCCAUAAUAUUCCAUGUGGACGUGACCUCUUCAGUGCAGACUGGAAUUUCGGAGUUUCUUUUCAAACUCCUCAUUUUACAGUACUUAAUGGAUAUAAAUGGGAAAAUGUGGCUUCGGAAUCCAUGCCAUUUAUAUAUCAUUGAAAUCCUGGAAGAGAACUCAGUACGGCCAAGGAGGUCUUCGGCACCGAGUACACGUGCCCCCCAGUUCAGUUUUCUUGACGUCUUCCCAAAAGUCACCUGCAGGCCUCCCAAAGAAGUGAUAGAAAUGGAGCUGACGCCUAAAAGGAGCUACACGGGGCCUGGGAUGGACCACACAGAAUUCUGCAGUGAAACCUUCCAAAGACCUUACCAGUAUUUAAAACGAUUCCAUGAAAACCAGAACCUAGACAUGUUCCAGUACCAAGAAGGCUCCGUUGAAGGCACCCCGGAGGAAUGCCUUCAACAUUUCCUGAUUUACUGUGGGGUGAUCAACCCGUCCUGGUCAGAGCUUCGGAACUUUGCUCGGUUCUUGAAUUAUCAGCUCAGAGACUGUGAGGCCUCUCCCUUCUGCGAUCCCAUUGUUAUCGGAGAUACCCUGAGGGGCUUCAAGAACUUUGUGGUGACUUUCAUGAUCUUUAUGGCAAGAGAUUUUGCUACACCAACACUUAACACCUCUGACCAGAGCCCAGGGAAGCACACAGUCAACAUGGAUGGGGUUAAGGAAGAAGAUUUAGCCCCUUUCUCUCUCCGAAAGAGGUGGGAGUCAGAGCCCCACCCAUACGUUUUCUUCAAUGGUGACCACACAUCCAUGACAUUCAUAGGCUUCUACCUGCAGCCCAACAGAAACGGCAAUGUUGAUGCUGUCAGUCGCUUAGACGGGAAGGUGAUCAAGAGAGACAUCAUGACCGUGGACCUGUACAAGGGGCUCCUGCUUCAGAGGGUGCCCUUCAAUGUCGACUAUGACAAACUGCCCAGGCAUGAGAAGCUUGAAAGGCUGUGCCGGGCCUUAGGGAUCCAGUGGCCCAUGGACCCUGAUGAAACAUACGAGCUUACAACAGACAACAUGCUUAAGAUCCUUGCUAUUGAAAUGAGGUUCCGGUGCGGGAUCCCAGUUAUCAUCAUGGGGGAAACUGGCUGUGGGAAAACCAGGCUCAUUAAAUUCCUCAGUGACCUGCGUCGUGGGGGGACUCUCGCAGGAACUCUGAGGUUGGUCAAGGUCCACGGGGGAACCACUGCAGACACGAUCUACUCCAAGGUCAAGGAGGCUGAGCAGAUCGCUUUCAUCAAUAAGAUGGAACACCAGCUGGACACCAUUUUGUUCUUUGAUGAGGCCAAUACAACAGAAGCCAUAAGCUGUAUCAAAGAAGUCCUGUGUGAUCGCAUGGUGGAUGGCCAGCCCCUGGCUAAGAACUCUGGCUUGCACGUCAUAGCCGCCUGCAACCCCUACCGGAAGCACUCAGAGGAGGCAAUCCGUCGUUUGGAGUCUGCUGGUCUGGGCUACCGGGUCCGGGCAGAGGAGACGGCAGACAGGCUGGGCUCCAUCCCCCUGAGGCAGCUAGUGUAUCGCGUCCAUGCUCUGCCCCCGAGCCUGAUUCCUCUGGUGUGGGACUUUGGACAGCUGAAUGACACUGCUGAGAAGCUCUACAUCCAGCAGAUCGUCCACAGACUGGUUGACUCUGUCCACCUAGACCCAGAAGAGACUUGUGUGAUCACAGAAGUGCUUUCUGCCUCUCAGGGUUUCAUGAGGAAAAGAAAAAAUGAGUGUAGCUUUGUCAGCCUUAGGGACGUGGAACGCUGUAUGAAAGUUUUCAAAUGGUUUUACGACCACAGUGAGAUGCUUUUAUUAAAACUGGAUCCCUUGGUCUGUGAGUCCAACGCGGGCACAAGUCACAUUGAGAGAGACCCAGUCCUCUGGUCCCUGGUGCUGGCCGUUGGCGUGUGUUAUCACGCCUCUUUAGAAAAGAAAGACUCGUAUCGCAAAGCCAUUUGUGGGUUCUUUCGAGAACCAUAUAAUGACAGUAAGAUUAUUCUGGAUGAAAUAACUCGAACACAGGAUCUUUUUCUGAAUGGUGUACCUCUGAGAACAACUAUUGCCAAGAACUUGGCUUUGAAGGAGAAUGUCUUCAUGAUGGUUAUCUGCAUUGAGCUUAAGAUUCCUCUCUUUCUGGUGGGGAAGCCUGGCAGCUCCAAAUCUCUUGCCAAGACCAUUGUGGCAGAUGCCAUGCAAGGCCAGGCUGCUUACUCAGAUCUCUUCCGGAACCUGAAGCAGGUCCAUCUGGUGUCAUUCCAGUGCAGCCCACAUUCCACCCCCCAAGGUAUCAUCGGCACCUUCAAGCAAUGUGCCCGCUUUCAGCAGGGGAGGGACCUACAGCAGUAUGUCUCUGUGGUGGUGCUAGACGAGGUUGGACUGGCAGAAGACUCACCUAAAAUGCCCCUGAAGGCCCUGCACCCACUGCUGGAAGAUGGGUGCAUUGAAGAUGAUCCUGCCCCUCACAAGAAAGUUGGUUUUGUGGGCAUUUCCAACUGGGCUCUUGACCCUGCCAAGAUGAACCGAGGUAUCUUUGUGUCACGUGGCAGUCCCAGCCAGAAGGAGCUCAUAGAGAGCGCCAAGGGGAUCUGCUCUUCAGACAGCCUCAUUCAAGACAGAAUCCAGGGGUACUUUGCUUCCUUUGCCAGAGCCUAUGAGACGGUGUGUAAGAGCCAAGACAAGGAGUUCUUCGGACUUCGUGACUACUACAGCCUCAUCAAAAUGGUCUUUGCCACGGCAAAGGCUUCUAAUAGAAAGCCUUCCCCACACGACAUUGCACAGGCUAUUCUGCGCAACUUCAGUGGCAAAGAUGACAUCCAUGCUUUGGAGAUUUUUACAGCCAGCCUGCCUGAGGCGAAGUGCUCAGAAGAAGUCAGCACCAUGCAGUUGAUCAAGCAGAACAUUUACGGGGCUCUGCAGAGGGUGCCGGGCAGAGAGCUGGAAGAUGCUGAGUCCCGCUACUUACUCGUGCUGACCAAGAACUACGUGGCCCUGCAGAUCCUGCAGCAGACGUUCUUCAGUGCAGACCAGCAGCCAGAGAUUAUUUUUGGUUCCAGUUUUCCUAAGGACCAAGAGUAUACCCAGAUCUGCAGAAAUAUCAACCGAGUGAAAAUCUGCAUGGAAACAGGCAAGAUGGUGGUGCUGCUCAACCUGCAGAACCUCUACGAGAGCCUCUACGACGCGCUCAACCAGUACUACGUCUACCUCGGGGGCCAGAAGUACGUGGACCUCGGUCUGGGGACCCAUCGUGUCAAAUGUCGAGUUCAUCCAGACUUCCGCUUGAUAGUCAUUGAAGAGAAAGACGUUGUGUACAGACACUUCCCCAUCCCCCUCAUCAACCGGCUGGAGAAGCACUAUCUGGACCUCAACACGGUGCUGGAGAAGUGGCAAAAGAGCAUCGUGGAAGAGCUCCAGAAGUGGGUGGAGAAGUUCGUCCACGUGAAUGCAGAGCCGUUCUUCAGCCGACACAAGUACAGCCCUUCUGACGUCUUCAUCGGCUACCACUCUGACACCUGCGCCUCUGUGGUGCUGCAGGUCACGGAUCGGCAGGGUCCCAGGGACCUGACUGAGGAGCUUUACCAGAAGGUGUCCGAGGAGGCCAAGUUGACCCUGCUGGACUGUGCCACUCCUGACGCCGUGGUCCGGCUGAGCACCUCUUCGCUGGGCUUGUUCGCUGCGCAGUCGCUGUCACGGGAAUACUACUACGCACAGCAGCAUGACUCCUUCGCAGAUCUCCUCCAGACUCACCUCCGCAGGAUGGACCUGGAGCGCCGUGCCAUCUUCACAGAGAUCACUACUUUCUCCAGACUGCUGACAAGUCACGACUGUCAAACUUUAGAAUCAGAGGUAACAGGCAGGGCUCAGAAACCCACCAUCCUGUGGCUGCAACAUUUUGACACCGAGUACUCCUUCCUCAAAGAAGUCCGAAACUGCUUAACUAGCACAGCCAGAUGUAAAAUCCUCAUCAUUCAGGCAGAUUUUGAAGACGGCGUCCACAGUGCUCAGCUCAUUGCUUCGGCGAGGUAUUCUGCUGUAAAUGAAAUCAACAAAAUAGAAGGAAAUGGGGGCUGUGUCUUAGUCUAUUUCAUCACAAAACUGUCCCGGAUGGGAAGUGGAGCGUCCUAUGUGGGAUUUCAUGGAGGCCUGUGGCAAUCUGUGCACAUUGACGACCUCCGGAGAUCCACCGUCAUGGUUUCAGAUGUGACCAAGCUACAGAGUGUCACCAUCAGCCAGCUGUUCAAGCCAGGGGACGAGCCUAAGUUGGUGAUAGGAUGCAGGGCAGGAGAUGCCCCAGAGGAGGUGAUGGAAACAGAGCCCAGCAAACUGGUGGACACAGCAGAGGUAGACAUGGAGACAGAAAGUUCCCAGGGGGUACAGGAUGAAACCUCUGAGAUGGGAGGCAGUGAGGUGCAGAUCCUGGACACCACCAGCCUGCUGAGGAGCUGUGUGCAGAGCGCCGUGGGGAUGCUCCGGGACCGCAGUGAGAGCUGCAGGCGCAACAUGAGGAGAGUGGAGCUUCUUCUCAGCCUCCUAGAUGAAGAUCAUUAUUUUCUUCAUCUAUACCAGGAUGGGGUCCCCUCUCUCCUGUGCUGCAGGCAAACCCUUUGGAAGCGAGUGCAAGGUGCCGUCACCCCUCUGCUGGCGAGUAUGAUAUCCUUCAUCGACAGAGAUGGAAACCUCGAACUACUGGCCAGGCCGGAUUCUCCGUCCUGGACAAGAGAUCUUUGGAUGUUUAUUUUCAGGGACAUUAAGCUUCUGAACAUUCCUCUUGUGAUGAAUAAUGCAAGACCCCAGAGUGAGAUGUCCUCCAUUCUGGUGCAGAACUACAUGAACCUUUCGGAGAACGCGUCUAACAUCGUCCCGUUCAGCUGGAGGAUCAAGGACUAUCUGGAGGAGCUCUGGGCACAGGCUCAGUACAUCACCUGUCCUGAGGGGCUGUCAGGAAAGUUACUGGACAUCUUCCAGCGGACUCCACUGGGCAGCUUUCUCGCCCAGCUCCGUGAGGAGCAGCAGCAGGACCUUCUGCAGGGCUACUCCCAGGACUUUCUCCUCUUGACCAUGAGUGUGUCCACCGGGGAGGAAUUAAAGUUUCUGCAGAUGGCUCUAUGGUCCUGCAUCGGUGAACUAAAGGCAGCAUCAGGACGGUCAGAGGAAGGGACCUCCUUGCCAUGGGUGCACCUUGCUUAUCAGCACUUCAAGAGCCGGCUGCAGAACUUCUCCAGAAUCCUGGCUAUCCAUCCCCACAUUCUGCAGAGCCUGGCAGAAGCCACACAGAGCCAUGAGCUGGCUGGCUGUGAGAUGACCCUGGAUGCAUUUGCAGCAGUGGCCUGUGUUGAAAUGCUGACAAGAGACACCCUGAAGCCCAGCCCCCAGGCCUGGCUGCAGCUGGUGAAGAACCUCUCUAUGCCGCUGCAGCUCAUCUGUUCCGACGCACACAUGCAGGGCAGCGGGAGGUGGGCCAGAGCCGCCAUCGUGGGCAUCAGGACCCAGUGGAACCGGAUUUUGUCUCUUGCACUCUUUGUGGAGCAUGUGCUCCUGGGGACCGAGAGCCAGAUUCCAGAGUUAAGCAGCCUGGUGACCAAGUAUGUCUUCUUACUAGACAAGUGUCUUCAGGAGAACUCUGACAUCAAGACCCACAGGCCUUUUGUGGCUGUGAUGAACACUCUCUGUGAAUGUAAGGACACAGCCAGCAAGACCUUCGCUAGGUUUGGGAUCCAGCCGUGUCCCAUCUGCCUGGGAGACGCGCAGGACCCCGUCUGCCUGCCCUGUGACCACGUGUACUGCCUGCCCUGCAUCCAAGCCUGGCUGAUCCCUGGGCAGAUGAUGUGCCCCUACUGUCUAACCGACCUGCCAGACACAUUCUCCCUGACCGCUUCCCAAGAACACAGGAGGGCCAUCGAGAAGCAUGCCCAGUUCCGGCGGAUGUGCAACAGCUUCUUUGUAGACCUGGUUUCCACCAUGUGCUUCAAAGAUAACACCCCGCCAGAGAAGCCAGUGAUCGAUAGCCUGCUGUCACUACUCUUUGUGCAGAAGGAACUCUUCAGACAUACUCCUCAGAGACGUGAACACACAAAAUCUCUCUCUCCAUUUAAUGAUGUUGUUGAUAAGACUCCUGUCAUCCGCUCAGUGGUACUGAAACUGCUUCUGAAGUACAGCUUCAAGGAAGUAAAAGAUUAUAUUCAGGACUACUUGUCCCUGUUAAAAAAUAAAGCAUUCAUGAUUGAAGAUAAAACUGAGCUGUACAUGCUCUUUAUCAGCUGUCUGGAGGACUCACUACACGAGAAAAUCAGUGCUUGCUCCAGAAGUGACGAGCUGAAGUACCUGACAGAGCAGAGGUACUUCCUGGAGCUGUGCUCCCCAGAGAGGCGCAGCCAGGAGCCAGUCCGUGGGGUCUCGGUGGAGCACCUGCAGGUGAUCGCCAGCAUCCGCCUCUGCCUCGACAGGGCUUCUGACUUCCUCUCGGAGCCUCAGGGGGAGCCAGAGAUGGCCAAGGAGAGGAGGCGCUAUCUACAGCAAGUUGAGCGCUUCUGUUCCCAUGUCGGGAAUGACUGGUACCGCGUUUACCUGGUGAGGAAGUUGGCGAGCCAGCGAGGGAUGGAGUUCGUGCAGGGUCUCUCCAGACCGGGCCACCCAUGCCAGUGGGUGUUCCCCAGGGACGUCAUCACCCAACAGAAGGACCACCCAAGCCAGAUAGAUCGAUACCUGGUGUACGGAGAGGAAUACAAGGCUCUUCGUGAUGCCACAGCCAAAGCUGUCCUCGAAUGCAAGGCCCUGGACAUCGCGACUGCCCUGAAGGCCUGCAGGGGACCUAGAACUCACCAGGCAGUGCACUUACUGUUAGCACUUUUCAAAGAGGUGGCUGUUCUAUACAGGUCCCCCAAUGUAAACCUCCAUCCGAAGCCAGAGCAACGUGAGGCUGUAAACACAUUCAUUGAGGAGUGCAAGAUCUUCUCACCCAACGUCAGACACUUUGCAACAUCCCUCGUGGACAAUACUCUGCCACUGCUGAGCACAGGCCCCAGUGACAGCAGCCUCGAAGGAGCAGUGACAGAAAUGGCCGUUCACGCUGCAGUGAUCCUUCUGUGCACACAGAACCAAGUCAUGGAGCCCCUGAGGAACCUGGCUUUCUCCCCAGCCAACAUGGCGGUAAGAGCUUUUCUCCCAACAAUGCCUGAAGACUUGCUGGCUCAAGCUAAAAACUGGAAGGGUCUAGAAGGAGUCCACUGGUACACUUGUCCCAACGGCCAUCCUUGCUCUGUCGGAGAGUGCGGCAAGCCAAUGGAACAGAGCGUCUGUGUUGACUGUGGUGCUCCAAUCGGGGGUAUUAAUCACAGACCUGACAGUGGCUUUAAUCUUAUCAAAAACAACAUAGACACUACUCAGACUGGCCAUGUGCUGGGUGAUGCCCGGCACAGAGUGGGGGUGGAGGCGGCCGACCGAGAUCUGUCUCCAGUGGUCUUCACUCUCAUCCGGUUACUCACUCAUUUGGCUAUGCUGCUGGGAGCUGCCCAAGACUCCCAGGCUCUGAGAAACAUUAUUAAGCCUCAAGUGAGGGACCCAAAGGGUUUUCUGCAGCAGCACAUCCAGAGAGACUUGGAGCAGCUGACCAGGAUGCUGGGCAGGAGCACCGACGAGACCGCCAAUGUGGUCCACCUCACCCUACGCAGCCUCCUCCCAGAGCAGCCUCACCUCUCUGGCCAGGGGGUUUUAUAUUUUGAUGCAAAACUAUCAACCAAAGAAAUGAGAAACAGCUGGGAAAAACAAAUUGCAACUAUUAUUUUACCUGAACUGGAGCGUCUGGAUAAAACCCUUCUGACUGUGAACACUCUAAUCAGCCAAGAUGAGCGCAUCAGCUCUGACCCUGUGGCCAGGAUCAUAUAUGGUGACCCAGCGACCUUCCUGCCCCAGCUGCCCCGGACACAUGAAGUCCAUUGCUCUAAGAUUUGGAACUACAGAAAAAGGAUCACAGUUGAGUACCUCCAGCACGUUGUGGAACAGAAAAAUGGCAAAGAAACAGUGCCUGUCCUCUGGCAGUUCCUACAGAAGGAAGCAGAACUGAGACUGGUGAAGUUCUUGCCUGAGAUUUUGGCCUUGCAAAGGGAUCUAGUGAAACAGUUCCAGAACGUCUCCCAAGUGGAGUACAGCUCCAUCAGAAGCUUUAUCAGCAGGCACAACUCAGAUGGGUUGAAACAGUUAUUUCGAAACAGAAUCACUAUCUUUCUGUCCACCUGGAACAAGCUGAGACGAUCGCUAGAGACCAAAGGUGAAAUCAAGCUACCUAAAGACUACUGCAGUACUGACUUGGAUCUGGACACUGAUUUCGAGGUUGUCCUGCCACGGCGCCGGGGCCUGGGCCUCUGCUCUACUGCCUUAGUGAGCUACUUGAUUAAUCUACACAAUGAAAUCGUCUACACGGUCGAAAAGUUCUCCCAGGAAAGCAGCAGCUAUUCCGUGGAUGCCUCUGAGGUCACUGACCUGCACGUCAUCAGUUACAAUGUGGAGCGGGACCUGAUCCCGCUGAUUCUGUCCAACUGCCAGUAUCAGGUGGAGCAAGGUGGAACAACUGUGCAGGAAGUCGACCUGCAGAAGAUCCAGCGGCAGGUCACCAGCCGCUUCCUCCAGGGCAAGCCCAGGCUCACCCUCAAGGGAAUACCCACUCUGGUAUACAGACACGACUGGAACUACGAACAUCUCUUUGUGGACAUCAAGAACAAAAUGGCACAGAGCUCCCUCACCAAAUCCGCCAUCAGUACCAUCGGUGGACAGCUGCAGUCCUACAGUGACACCUGCGAAGCUCUGUCUAUCGUAGAAGUCACUCUGGGAUUUCUGAGCACAGGUGGCGGGGAUGCCGACAUGCGCUUGAAUGUGUACGUCCAAGACAUCUUGCGAAUGGGUGAUCAGACGGCUCUUGUGUUAAAGGCCUUAAAUAGGUGUCAGUUAAAACAUACCAUUGCCCUCUGGCAGCUCCUCUCUGCUCACAAGUCGGAACAGCUGCUGCGACUGAGAAAAGAGCCAUUUAGGGAAAUCAGUUCAAGGUACAAAAUGGAUCUCAGCCCAGAAAAUGCUAAGCUGCUCAGCACUUUCCUGAAUCAGAUUGGCCUAGAUGCCUUUCUGUUAGAACUCCACGAAAUGAUGGUCUUGAAACUGAAGAACCCCCAAACCGAGGGGAGUUUCAACCCUGAGUGGAGCCUGAGAGAAACUCUGGUAGGUUACAUGGAAACUAAAGAGAGCGAAAUUGUUCCUGAAACGGAAGCCGAGUUCCCGGAAGAGAUACCCCUCUCUAAUUGCGUCUCCGUGUGGAAAAUGGCUGCUGACCUGAAACGGGAGCGACACACGAGGUAGAAUCACUUCCUCAGCGCUGUCUUCAGACGAGCCUCAGGAGAAGGCUCUUCUGUGCUCACCCCUGGCCCAGACCCCAUUACUGCCUGCUGCCUUUGCAAGUGCCCAGGGGAGCUUCUGGCAUGGCACCAAAUUCAAGACCAAGAUGUGCCAUAUGAACUGACAGCUUUUUGAACUGUGUGUCUAUUCAAAACUUUGCAUCAUACUUUGAAAAUUGUUCAUUAGGAGAUGUCAGUGAACUCCAUGAAAUUGGAAAUAAAUCACCAUCAUUUGCAUUCCAAGAGGGACAAAGUAGCAGCUUCUCUGCCUCAGGGACAGGAUGGCCUAUGUCUGGAGCCUCUGGUCCUCCCCCAGCCACAGAUCCCUCCUCAGACUGCUGCAAGUUGGGGUGUGGGGAAAACAGGAUCAGUAAUUAAAUCAUGCUGUCAUCUUUUUUUCUAAAGCAUUCUGUACUUAGAAAAGAGUCUGGUUUUCUUCCUUCUUCCAUGACCUUAAAUUCUGAGUAUUUUUUGGUUUUCAAGAUAUGAAAAAGUAAUAGACUCUUCUUUGUCUUCUCACACAAAUACAAGAAAAAUCAGGGCAUUAUGUGAGUGCCUUAAGACCAAACUAACCAGAUCUGACCAGACCUACAUAAUGAGUCACUGCUAAAUCUCAGAGGGUGAGAGCCAAAAAACUUGCAUUGUGAAGAGCAUCGGACUGGGAAUCAGAGACACUUCGGGGUCUUAGUUUCUUCAGGCACAAAAUGAAAGGAGCGGAUCGAUGGCCAAAGGUCCGUGUAAUUCUAAUAUUUUUAAAUUAAAAAUGAAAGUUCAUUAUGUAAACUUGAAUCAAAGGCAUGGUUUAGCAAUUAUGUGGAGUUUUUUAUUGGCUGGCAUUAGCAUUAUGCCAAAUAAACAUGCAGUUUUAGGGUGAUCGCUGCUUCUUGGAAUGUACAACUGUCUACCUGUUUUGUGGGGACUUUUUUUGCUUAUCUGUGAUAUCACAUAUGACAAAAAGCAUUCAGGGACCUUUUUUUUUUCCUUUUGCUGAUCAGUUUUUGUUAGUGUGUGAUUUAACAUGGCCCAAGAAAACUCUUCUUCCAGUGUGUGACAGGAAAAAGAAAGAUUGGACAUCUUGAACUAGGCCUUUAUUUGGGUCUCAGUAGCAAAAGUAUAAAACCAGUUAAAUUUCUUAAAAAGGAAAAAAGAAAACCGUCAAGUAGCCCUGAUCGUGUACUGACUUUCUCAUUCUUUUCUACUUUAGUACUUAAGACAUCUCUAGACUAAUUCAUUUUCCUAGGUAGCUUGGCAUCCACUUGAAUUGAGGUCAGAACAGCAACUGUUUACAAAAUAGAAGCAAUGUUCUUAAUACAGAUUUUAAAUGAUUUAAUGCCUCAAUCAUCCUGAAAUUGGGCCCAGGGAGAGCCACAAAUAUUCAAAAUGCUUGUCCAGGACAUAGCUGUGCACACCUUGAAUACCACUGGCAGGAGAUGCAGAAGGACCAAAGCCAUUUCCAUCACGUUGACACUCUGUUCAGUGUUUGAGUGGUAGUGACUCACUUCAUAUGGAAGCCACUUGCACUUAGUCGACUGUGAUUGUUUCACCACUGCAAACUAUGCAGAGCCACUCCCCACAGACGGCUGCAUCCUAGCCGGCUACCGGAUACGUGUGAAGAGUUAGGGGGUGCCUUGUUUUUAAACUCUUCAACCUGUACUUGGAACUCCUUUGAUACCUCAGAGCUGGGUUGCAGCUCACCCUGGCCCUCGGGUGGCAGCUCACCCCCACAGUUUCUCACUGUGCCAGGUGUCCCCCUUUGGCCUGGGAAUUUUUUCUUACUUAAGGGUUUUCAAUUAAGAUGUUUCAUUUUGUAUGUUACACUUCAAAGCCUUAACUGUCAUAGCUAGCAUUAUGUUGUUUGUAGAAAAAUACACUUGCCUAGCACAGGCAAAAGUAAAUUUUAUUGUACUUGUCAUGUCUGUUUUAAUAAACUUGAGUUUU